AACAGCCAGACAGAUGGAUAGGCCCUUAUAUUGACCAAUGGGUCUGUCUGUCCCACAGUAUUGAAACAGAACAGGGAGAACCAGACACUUGAUUCUGCCUCUGGAAAAGAGAGUUGACUGAAGGAAAGCAGUUGCUGCUAGGGACUCUGGGCUCAGAUGCCCACAGCCCAGCCCCAGGCAGACCUGAGGACAAGACCAGGGUCAAUUUUGCAGAAUGUCUCCCCACCUCCACACUUACACACAAACACACACCUGGUGGCCCUUGGGGCACCAGAGUACACAACUACAACACAUGGUCCGGUCACAUAUAUAGCACAAGAGGAAAUACACAGUGCACACAACACUGUCACCCAGAAAGUCACUGAACACACCAUACAUGUGUUGGUGAUUUGCAGUGAUACAAUAUUCAUACCCACAAAAUAUACAGACUCAUAGAUCCACUGUAUGCAGGCAUGCCUGCCGGACCGACCCUGGGCUCACACACCAGCCGCAGAAGAGCCUCAGACCGUGCGUUCACAACACCCAGCAGGUGUGCAGGAACUAGUGCUAAUGUUGAGCACGCAUUCACACAGCGCUAUACUGGGCGCCUGACAGAGACGGGUCCCCGACAGAGAUGAGCAGGAACCUCAGGCUCCCGGGUGAGGGGGUGGGCAGCCUGGGAGAUGGCUCACUCUGGCUUGGUCACUGACUCAACGGGAAGUACACAGAGUACAGGCGGCAGACACAAGUCAAGACUUGCCUUCCCAUCGCAGCCCUGCCUGGUUCCCUGGCAUGGGAGAUGGGAGGGGUGGUGAGGAGAGGAAAGAUUCAGGCCACAGCUCUGCUUUGCUCAUGGCUCAGUCUUGGGCCCCUUGCCACGUCCACACGCCCACACGCCCACACGCCCACACGCCCAUACGCCCAUACGCCCCUCAGGGCUGGGCAAAUGUUUUGCUUCCGGAGUCACUGUGGUACCUGAGCCGCCGGAGCUGUUUUGCCAGCACUCGGCUUUCACCAGCCAGGGAUCCAUGUGUGCCCAGCAGGGGCACAGCCCUAGCUGAUGCCCCAGAGGGGCCACCCAUCGCAAGAGGGGCUCUAGGCCCCGCCUUCCCUCCUAAUGGCACAUAAGCCAGAACCUGAGGCUAGUGGACUGUUGGACCUCAGCUUUCUGACAGAGGAGGAGCAGGAGGUCAUUGCUGAAGUCCUGAAGCGAGAUGCCUAUCUACGCCAGCUGGAAGAAGGGCGGGUCAGCAAGCUCCGGGCCUCACUGGUAGACCCUGAGCAGCUGAAAAUCCUGACGGGGGACUGGUUCCAGGAAGCACGUGCGCAACGGCACCAUCAUGCCCACCUUGGUUCUGACCUUGUCCGAGCCUCUAUCCGCAGGAAGAAGAGCUUCAGGGGAGACCAGGCUCUAGGCAGCAAUAGGGAGCCUGAGACUGCUGGGAAAGAGACUGAAGAGGAGAUGGAGCCCAGGCUUCCCAUAGGCAAGGACCCCCAGGAGAGGCUCAGCGAGGCUGAGGGACUUGAUUUCCCCUCACCACAUGUCCCCCCAAAGCCUUCAGAUUUUGAGGGGCCCCAAGCCCAGGAAGCCCCAGACCCAGGGCGUGCACAGGUCUGCGAGGAGGCGGAGCCGGAGCCCGAGGAGCCACUGUCCAGGGAAGAGGUGGAGCCGCAGCCGUACCCAGCCCAGAUCCAGGCGGUGUCUGAGAUACUGGAGAACGGGGAGGAGGCCCCGGGGCCCGGCCCCUCACUCGACCGCAUGCUCAGCAGCAGCUCCUCCGUAUCCAGCCUCAACUCCACGCUGAGCGGCAGCCAGAUGAGCCUGUCAGGGGAGGCGGAGGCGGGUGCCGUGCAGGUGCGCGGCGCCGUGCACUUCGCGCUGCGCUACGAGCGGGAUGCCGCCGAGCUGCGCGUGCACGUGAUUCNGUGCCAGAACCUGGCUGCGGCGCGGCGCCGCCGCUCGGACCCCUACGUCAAAAGCUACCUCUUCCCGGAUAAGCAGAGCAAGCGUAAGACGGCAGUGAAGAAACGGAAUCUGAACCCGGUCUUCAACGAGACUCUCCGGUACUCCGUCCCGCAGGCCGAGCUCCGGGGCCGCGUGCUGAGCCUGUCUGUGUGGCACCACGAAAGCCUGGGUCGCAACAUCUUUCUGGGAGAAGUCGAAGUGCCCCUGGAUACGUGGGACUGGACCUCCGAGGCCAUCUGGCUCCCCCUCCAGCCCCGGGUCCCGCCCUCUCCAGACGACCUUCCCAGCCGCGGGCGGCUCUCUCUGUCCCUCAAGUACGUCCCCGCGGGCUCCGAGGGCGCAGGACUGCCCCCGAGUGGGGAGAUUCACUUCUGGGUGAAGGAAGCUCAGGACCUCGUGCCUCUUCGUUCAGGACCCCUGGAUACUUACAUACAAUGUUUUGUGCUGCCUGAUGACAGCCGGGCCAGCCGCCAACGGACAAGGGUGGUACGAAAGAGCCUCAGCCCUGUAUUCAACCACACCAUGGUUUAUGAUGGCUUCGGGCCUGCUGACCUGCGCCAGGCCUGUGCUGAGCUCUCCCUGUGGGACCAUGGGGCCCUGGCCAGCCGCCAGCUGGGGGGCACACGGCUCAGUUUGGGCACCGGCAGCAGCUAUGGGCUCCAGGUGCCCUGGAUGGAUUCUACACCUGAGGAGAAGCACCUGUGGCAGACACUCCUAGAGCGACCGUGCGAGUGGGUGGAUGGCCUUCUGCCCCUCAGAACCAACCUGGUCCCCAGGACAUAGCUGCCUGACAAGCCUUACCAAACCAAACCCCUCUCUGGAUCCCCAUCUCAGGGCCUGCCCUUGGCAGAAGUCAAUAAAGUCUAUUCUAAGGGCAAAAAGGGGCUGAUGUCUGCUUAGGGUAGGGGGG